AUGGUGUUUCCUUGGGACGGAAAAGAACGCGCCGUACAAGCUGGACAAAGCUUUUACGAGAAGAGCCAAUGUCACAUCGUCACAAAAAAGUUCGUCCCCACAUCCAUCAUCAAGGACAAAGAAGGCAUUUUCGAAAUCAACACUGAGAAGCGAGAGCUGCACAUAAAACUGCCAAAAAAGAAAGAUGAUUCCUAUGAACCUAUCGUCUUUUCCGGGGAGUUUCGGCAACAGGAGGGGAAGCAGUGCCUGAUCAUCGUUGAUAAGCAAACCGGACAGAUCACGCUGGAGAAAGUCACUUCCAAAAGUCUGGUCGGGCUGACACGAGAAACCGUCAUUGAAAAAAUCCACUUCAAGGAUAAGGAGACUCCUCGCGUGCCGACACCCGAUCAGGCUUCGAAUCGCUCUGAGCCCAAGCGAUUAAAAUUAGAAGAAGAAGCGUACUCCCGCGAUCCUACGCCGAAGAAUGUGGAAUCCCCGCCGGACAUAAUCUUCCCUUCAAACGGCAAAGAAAACAUGCCUAUAUCUGAUAUGACCACAUCUGGCACGAGCGACGAGAGCUCUGAUGAAGAGAACUCAGAUAAGAGAUCGUCUGAAGAUUCCGACGACUCAUCGGACGACUCUUCCGACGGGACUUCAAACGCUUCUGAUCCACUGGAGGACCUAAUCGCCGCACCGAAUUCCACUACCUUCCAGCCCAACCAAGGAGACCUGCAAUUCGGACAGAUUGGGCUCGACUUGUCCGAGAAUUCCGAGUCUGACUGA